AAAAAAAGAUAGUGGGGAGCACAUGAAAAUAUGCAGCUGAUAAGUAAUUUGUCAGAGGACAUUAAUCUUCAAAUUAACGUCCACAUUAAUCUUCACUGAUCACCAGGCCAAUCGGUCUCAGAUGAUGUCAGGCAGGAAGAUGCAAGAAUUUAAGAAUGCCUCUAAAGUUCCUCUAGGGAAAUCAUGGUGAUGAUCGAGACUGAGCUGUUAAGAUACUGCGCCAAAAAGGCCUUUCCAAAAACAAGUAUCCGCACCAUCGGGCCGCGCCGCAUUCCUUCGGCGAGCAGAACGGCGGUUAUGGAGCGUAACUUUAUUGCUCCACGUCCGCGGAGGGGCCUUGCGGUCGUGCCCACAUAGGUACAAUGUAAGGAAUUGUUCUGAUAAUAAUAGCCAGCUGUAGAAAUGGGGGAACGUAGAAUUAUAAAUCACUUUGUUUACAAACAGUCGCCAUGGUAACGACAACAGCAUCCACAACUAAAAGCAGUCCUAUGAGACGUUUAACUUGGGUGCAAGGAAGUAAGUCAUUAGUCAGUACCCUGGUAACACAAAGACUAUUCUUUAAGCAUUAAUCUGAAGGCUGAGAACAUUUCCUUAGUGUCAAUUAGAGGGGAUUUAAUGGACGUAGCAAGAAUUAGAAAAAAAGCUCCUUAACAGGAAGGGUUAUACAGUAGGAGGAGAAGGAUGCUUGUUUGCAAAGAGUUUUUUCGGGGCUAAACCACAAAAAGCAGAGCAGACACACGUGUCCUGGACAGUGUCGACUGACAGACAGUGUGACGGCAAAGCGAUAAGGCCCAGUAAACAAAGGCAGAAACCGGCGGUCCUCGCCAGAGACCACUGAGCUGGAGACCCCAGGGGGAAAAACAUGGGCAGAAAGUUUGUCGCGCUCCUCGUGUUAUUUACAACGAUUACGCCUGUAGACGCCACCGAAGUGUGUUCCAACGCAGUGCUGCCGGGCCUGAAAGGUGACCAAGGAGAGAAAGGCGACGAAGGGGAGCAGGGAAAGCUCGGGAAGACGGGACCGCCCGGACAACAAGGAUUGAUGGGAGAGUUGGGCGGCGAAGGAGAGCCGGGGCUCACGGGGAAGAGCGGCCCCGCCGGCGAGAGAGGAGACAAAGGUGAACGUGGAAUUGAUGGACCAGCUGGACUCAGAGGAAAACCCGGCACAACGUGCGACUGCGGAAAAUACAAUAAGGUUGUCGGGCAGCUGGACGUGAAUAUCAGCAAGCUGAAGAACUCCGUCAAGUUUUUAAAAAACGUUGUUUUAGGCAUGCAGGAGACGGAGGAGAAGUUCUACCUCAUCGUCAAAGAGGCCCGAAGGUACAAAGAGGCCCUGCUCAACUGCCGGCUCCGCGGCGGGACCAUGGCCGCGCCCAGAGAGGACGAGACGCACGCGCUCCUCGCCGACUACGUGAGCCGAGCGGGCCUCACGCACGUGUUCGUGGCCGAGCACGGGGGUGGCCGCGCGUUAACCGAAAACACCCUCGAGAAGAACUCCACAGCCCGGAGCACGGCGGGGCCCACUGGCCCUCCUACCAACGUCAGCUGUGCGGAAAUGACAAGCGCCGGGGCGCGGACCCCCGCGGACUGCGACGUCGCCAUGUUCUACAUGUGCGAGUUUUCCAAGAGGAGGAAGACCCCCGUCGGGGCAUCGUGAUGCUGCUGGACCAGAGCAACUAUAUAAUUGGUCUCGACAGAUCAAUUAAUUACUGUGACCGCAGUCAGAUCACACGAUCACAACCUGCCACCUUUAUUACCAUAUGCAUGCAGGCCCUACUUCUCCUUAUUAUGAAAUAUAUAAUAGGCUUUUUUCAAAAUGACUUAAUUGCGUUACAGUAUUAUAUUGCUUUACCAAAAUGAUCAUUCUUUCCAGUGAGGUUUUCCGUACACGAGUGUAACCAAA